CGGCCCCGCUCGCGGCAGGCGGCCCCGCGCUCGGCUCCCGCAGGAUGACGCUCAAGGCGAGCGAGGGCGAGGGCGGGGGCAGCAUGCGCACGGCGCUCUCCGACCUCUACCUGGAGCACUUGCUGCAGAAGCGCAGCCGGCCCGAGGCUGCGUCACACCAGGUGAACGCCGUGACUGAGGACAUGUACACCAACGGUUCCGCUGCCCCAGGGAGCCCUACCCAGGCCAAAGGGCAGGAGGUGCGGAAGGUGCGACUCAUCCAGUUUGAGAAGGUCACCGAGGAGCCCAUGGGAAUCACCCUGAAGCUGAACGAAAAGCAGUCUUGUACGGUGGCAAGGAUUCUCCACGGCGGCAUGAUUCACCGACAAGGCUCCCUUCACGUCGGGGAUGAGAUCCUAGAAAUCAAUGGUACAAACGUGACAAAUCACUCAGUAGAUCAGCUGCAGAAGGCGAUGAAAGAAACCAAAGGAAUGAUCUCCUUAAAAGUAAUUCCCAACCAGCAGAAUCGUCUUCCUGCGCUACAGAUGUUCAUGAGAGCACAGUUUGACUAUGAUCCCAGAAAGGACCACCUGAUCCCUUGCAAGGAGGCGGGACUGAAGUUUGUUACUGGGGACAUCAUCAAGAUCAUCAACAAGGAUGACAGUAACUGGUGGCAGGGGCGGGUGGAAGGCUCUUCCAAGGAAUCCGCAGGAUUGAUCCCGUCUCCUGAGCUGCAGGAGUGGCGGGUGGCGAGCGCCGCGCAGUCCGCGCCGAGCGAGGCCCCGAGCUGCAGCCCGUUCGGGAAGAAGAAGAAGUACAAGGACAAGUACCUGGCCAAGCACAGCUCCAUCUUUGACCAGCUGGACGUGGUGUCCUACGAGGAAGUGGUCCGGCUCCCUGCGUUCAAGCGGAAGACCCUGGUGCUGAUCGGGGCCAGUGGCGUGGGCCGCAGCCACAUUAAGAACGCCCUGCUCACCCAGAACCCGGACAAGUUCGCGUACCCGGCCCCGUACACGACGCGGCCGCCCAAGAAGGGGGAGGAGGACGGCAAGGAGUACCACUUCAUCUCCACCGAGGAGAUGACGAAGAACAUCUCCGCCAACGAGUUCCUAGAGUUCGGCAGCUACCAGGGCAACAUGUUCGGCACCAAGUUCGAGACCGUGCACCAGAUUCACGAGCAGGACAAGAUCGCCAUCCUGGACAUCGAGCCCCAGACCCUGAAGAUCGUCCGCACGGCCGAGCUGUCCCCUUUCAUCGUGUUCAUCGCACCUACUGACCAGGGCGCUCAGACGGAGGCCCUGCAGCAGCUGCAGAAGGACUCGGAGGCCAUCCGCAGCCAGUACGCGCACUACUUCGACCUGUCCCUGGUCAACAACGGCGUGGAGGAGACGCUGACGAAGCUGCAGGAGGCCUUCGAGCAGGCGUGCAGCUCUCCGCAGUGGGUGCCCGUGUCCUGGGUCUACUGAGCUCGGGUCGCCGCCGGCUCCCCGCGGCGGCCCUCCCCCGCCCGCGUCCCACUCUUGCUUUAGGACAAACGGGCG